GAAAAAAAAAAUAAAAAACGCCAAAUUGAAAUCCCGUCAAAAAUUUAGUUUGUAUGAACUUAACAAAUCUAUCUUGUUUUUCUUUCGCUUACUUAUAAAACAUGUCAUCUGCUGAUCCUCGUCGUCCUGAUAAAGUUGUCGCUUUCCAUAUGCCUCCAGUACCUGAGGAUGAAGCAUCUGAUUGGAACAGCAAUAUUGCUAUGUAUACCGCCAUGGCUGGUAUCUUCUUAAGAAACCAAUUUUUGGCACUUCCUUGGGUUUCUGCUUACUUUGGUCUGGCUUCGUUUUUGAAUAGUCGCAAGUCUGUGAAAAGUAGUGAUUUUUUUGGUGGUAGUGGUGCCAUGAUUGCUGUUGUAUCUUUGAUGACAUACUACAUUAAUAUCUAUGCCACCCAUAAACGCGCUUUGGCAAUGUACGGAACUGAAAAUGUGGAUGAAGGCAUUGGUGCUGUUUAGAUUAAUAUGGAUUACAAACUAGUUUAUUUUGGAUGAUGAUGUUAGAUGAUAUUAUUAUUAUUAUUGGUAUGAAUUAUUCCAUGGGUUCUAUAAUGCAGGCUACUUAUUAUUGUCAUCAUUUUUAUUUACGUAUUUACUUUUUUUAUUGAAAUGUAUGAUAACAAAAUAUAUAAUAAAAAAAAAAGAGAAAGGAUA